AUGAGUGCCCAGGCGUAUUACGAACUCUACCGUGGGAGCAGCCUCGGCCUGUCAUUGACCGACACCCUCGAUGAUCUGAUCAACGAAGGACGGAUCGAGCCCCAGCUCGCCAUGAAGAUUCUCUCAACCUUCGACCGUAUUAUUACAGAAGUCCUCGCAGAGAAGGUUCGGACUCGGUUGAACUUCAAGGGCCACCUUGACACAUAUCGAUUCUGUGACGAAGUUUGGACUUUCCUGAUCAAGGAUGUCAAUUUCAAACUGGAUAACCAGCAGACUAUCAGCGCGGACAAGGUUAAGAUCGUGAGCUGCAACAGCAAGAGGCCCGGAGAGGCGUGA